CUUCUCUCCCCCGCCCCAAAAACCCAGGCCAUUGGGAUCACAGCUGUCACAAUGAUCUCUCGAGCGGCGGCUCCGUCCACCGCCUCUCUCACCCAGCUUUCCUCCCGGUCUCUCCGCACCCAGGGGCCGCAGACCGCUGCCCGGUCCUUCGCGACUGUCCAGGACGGUGCCCCCCCCGUGCGGCACCAUGGCGGACUCAGGGACCAGGACCGAAUCUUUACGAACCUGUAUAGCCAUCAUGGUCCGGAUCUGAAGUCGGCUAUGAAGUUUGGCGACUGGCACAAGACCAAGGAGAUGGUUCUGAAGGGUGAUGACUGGCUCAUUUCCGAAAUCAAAGCCUCGGGUCUUCGUGGUCGUGGUGGUGCCGGUUUCCCCUCGGGAUUGAAAUACUCGUUUAUGAACUUCAAAGGAUGGGAUCAGGACCCUAGACCCCGCUACCUGGUCGUCAACGCCGACGAGGGUGAACCCGGAACGUGCAAAGACCGCGAGAUCAUGCGCAAGGACCCCCACAAGCUGAUUGAGGGCUGCCUCGUCGUCGGUCGCGCGAUGAACGCCAACGCGGCCUACAUCUACAUCCGUGGCGAGUUCUAUCAGGAGGCGACGAUCCUGCAGCGGGCCAUCAACGAGGCCUACGCCGCCGGUCUGAUCGGCAAGAACGCCUGUGGCACCGGCUACGACUUUGACGUUUUCAUCCACCGUGGCAUGGGUGCGUACGUGUGUGGUGAGGAGACCUCGCUGAUCGAGUCCAUUGAGGGCAAGGCCGGCAAGCCCCGCUUGAAGCCCCCCUUCCCUGCGGCCGUGGGUCUGUUCGGCUGCCCCAGCACCGUCACCAACGUCGAGACUGUGGCCGUAUGCCCGACCAUCAUGCGCCGUGGCGCCAGCUGGUUCGCGGGGUUCGGUCGUGAGCGUAACCAGGGCACCAAGCUCUUCUGUAUCUCCGGCCACGUCAACAACCCGUGCACGGUGGAGGAGGAGAUGUCCAUCCCGCUGCGCGAGCUGAUCGAGCGCCACUGCGGCGGCGUCCGCGGCGGAUGGGAUAACCUGCUGGCCAUUAUUCCCGGCGGCUCGUCCACGCCCGUGAUCCCCAAGUCCGUGUGCGACACGCAGCUGAUGGAUUUCGACGCCCUCAAGGACUCGCAGACCGGUCUGGGAACGGCGGCCGUGAUCGUGAUGGACAAGUCCACGGACAUUGUGCGCGCCAUCUCGCGCCUGUCGACCUUCUACAAGCACGAGAGUUGCGGCCAGUGCACGCCCUGCCGUGAGGGCAGCACGUGGACCAUGAAGAUGAUGCAGCGCUUGGAGACGGGCAACGCGCGCGAACGCGAGAUCGACAUGCUGCAGGAGCUCACCAAGCAGGUCGAGGGCCACACCAUCUGUGCACUGGGCGAGGCCUUUGCUUGGCCCAUCCAGGGUCUCAUCCGCCACUUCCGCCCGGAGCUCGAGGCCCGUAUCCGCCAGUACGAGAAGGAGCUGGGCACGCGGCCUUUUGCUGGUGGCUGGCACCCGGACAGCCGGGCUGAGGGCAAGCUGAUCUCUCCGGGCAUGUAAAAGAGUGAUCUUUGGUUCGUCUUUCGAUGCAAUGGCUGUUUUCCGUUAUAUCAUGUACAGCAAGUUCUUUUUUUUUU